UCAAACAGAAUAAAUAUGAGGCCGUGCCCCAAAGGAUAUGAAGUAAAUACAAAUUUCAGAAAUGUAUUUGCCACUUUCCAGAAAGCACUGCAUCUAUGUCCAGUUUGGGUAAAGUCUAAUCAGGGAAUCAUCAUGGAAGCUAGUUUCUUCCUACUUUUUCUGCUGGCUUUCUGCUCUUCUAUACCCAAGAUAUUUUCUACUACAACAACAGACUUAAUCACUACUAAUCAAUUCAUCACAGAUGGUGAAACUAUUGUUUCGUCAGGUGGAACCUUUGAGCUGGGAUUUUUCAGCCCCAGCGGUUCCUCAAAUCAAUAUAUUGGGAUAUGGUACAAAACAAUUCUUCCCUAUGUGCAAACAGUUGUAUGGGUUGCCAACAGAGAAAAACCACUCACAAAUACAUCUUCUGCUGUUUUGAAGGUCAGCAAGCCAGGAACACUUGCUCUAUUCAAUGACAAGAAUGAAACUAUAUGGUCCACUAACACCUCAAGAUCAGUCCAAAAUCCAAUUGCAGUGCUUUUAGAUUCUGGUAAUCUUGUUGUAAAAGAUGCAAAUGAUGACAACCCAGAAAAUUUCCUCUGGCAGAGCUUCCAUUUUCCAACUGAUACGCACUUGCCUGAUAUGAAGCUUGGCAAGAAUUUUAAAACUGGCCAUGAGAUUUACCUUUCAGCAUGGAAGACCUAUAAUGAUCCAGCUCAAGGCGAAUUCACUCGUAACAUUGAUCCUACUGGAUAUCCACAGGUCCUCACCAAAAGGGGCACAACUGUUUCAAAUCGUAUAGGACCAUGGAAUGGUUUACGAUGGAGUGGGGCACCCAUACCACUACUAACACAAAGCAGAAUUUAUACAUUUCAAUUUAUUUUCAAUGAGGAGGAGGUUUACUAUAUUUUUUCUCUCAUUAAUUACAGCUCGGCUUUAUCAAGAAUAGUCCUGAGUAGCAACGGUGAUAUACAACGCUUUAUGUGGGUGGAUCAGACAAAGAAAUGGCAUAUUCACUACAAGUUACCUGCGGAUAAUUGUGACACAUAUAGUUUGUGUGGUGUGUAUGGGAGCUGUGAUAUAAGUAGUGAACCUAUUUGUGGAUGUUUGGAGAAGUUUGUAGCUAAACAUCCACAGCAAUGGGCAACGGGAGAUUGGACAGGAGGGUGUGUUCGGAGGACACCCUUAGAUUGCAACAAGGAACAUGUAUUUAUAAAAUAUUCUGGAAUUAAGUUGCCGGAUACUAAGCAAUCUCAGUACGAUAAAACCAUGACACUCGAAGAGUGUAGGCAAGUAUGCUCCAGGAACUGCUCCUGCACAGCUUAUUCAAGUCUAAAUAUAAGCAAUGGAGAUAAAGGUUGCUUGUUUUGGUUUGGGGAAUUGAUUGACAUAAGAAAGCUGUCUGAAAGAGGACAAGACAUUUUCAUCAGGAUGGAUUCUUCAGAGCAAGAAUCUGAGGGAGGUUCAAAAAGAAAGAAGGCAAAGAUAAUCGGAGUGAGUUUCUCAUUGUUGAUGGCAAUGAUUCUGCUAAGCCUGAUUUCGUUGUUGUACAAACGGAAAAAGAAGAAAAUGAAACUCAGAGAAGAUGGUGAGCUGCCACUGUUCAAAUUUUCGACAAUAAUAAGAGCCACAAAUAACUUUUCGGUUAACAACAAGAUCGGAGAGGGUGGAUUUGGACCUGUUUACAAGGGAGUGCUGGAAGAAGGACAAGAAAUUGCAGUGAAGAGACUUUCGAGGACUUCCAUGCAAGGAGUUGAUGAAUACAAGAAUGAAGUUAUCUAUAUUGCCAAGCUUCAGCACCGAAAUCUUGUGAGACUUCUGGGUUGCUGCAUCCAAGGGGAAGAAAAGAUGUUGAUCUAUGAAUACAUGCCUAAUAAAAGCUUGGAUUCAUACAUAUUUGAUAAAACAAAGAGCAAACUACUUGAUUGGCCAAAGCGUUUCGACAUCAUAAACGGAAUUGCUCGUGGCUUAUUAUAUCUUCAUCAAGAUUCUCGACUACGAAUUAUCCAUAGAGACCUUAAAGCAAGCAAUGUUUUGCUAGAUACAGAUAUGAAUCCUAAGAUAUCAGACUUUGGCAUGGCUAGAAGUGUUGUAGGAAAUGAGAUGGGAGCAAAAACAUGCAAUGUGGUUGGGACGCAUGGCUACAUGUCCCCUGAAUAUGCAGUAGAUGGAAUCUUCUCAGUAAAAUCAGAUGUGUUUAGCUUUGGCGUUAUGGUGUUAGAGAUUGUGAGUUGCCAGAGAAAUAGAGGAUUUGUCCAUCAAGAUCACAACCUUAACCUUCUCGGUCAUGCAUGGAAGCUUUACAAAGAUGAUAGGUCCUUGGAACUAAUUGAUGAGCAGCUAGUUGAUUCUUGCGAUAUUUUCCAAGUUUCAAGGUCAAUCCAAGUGGGUUUAUUGUGCGUGCAACAACAUCCAGAUGAUAGACCAAGCAUGUUUUCUGUGGUUCAUAUGUUGGCUAAUGAGAGUCUACUGCCAAAAGCAAAAGAACCGGGAUUUUUCACAGAACGAAAUUUAUUUGGUGAAGCAAAAUCAGGAUCGCAGAUAAGAAGUUCAAAAAAUGAAUUUACAAUCACAUUGUUAGAUCCUCGAUAGGUGUGACAGAAUAACUAUUUUGCCUUGUGUGCACAUGAAUAGGAAGAUAUAAUAGAACUUUGGUUAUUGAGAAAUACAGUAGUGCUUGAAAUAAACAUCAAGUUGAAUCUUUCUAUUUGAAGAUAUUAUCUACUUAUGGAUGAAUCUUUUUAUCUA